AUGGCAGGAGACGAAGCAGCAGCCUUCUCUCAGCCAGCAUGGCGCUAUGCCGGAUCCCCGGGAGGGAAAGGAGGAAGUGGUACUGGCGCUGUGGCGGCUCAAAAGGCAGGUUACCUGUUUGGGUGGGCAGGGGGGGACCUGAGCUACCGCAUGGGGUGGGGAGAGGAGGACAGGGCCGCUUGGCCUGUGGUGGAAGCAGGCAGGCGAGCAGCAGACGCUGCUGCUAUGGGAGAGAAGAUGGGAGCAGUGGAAGCAGAGAAGGGUGCUGCUGAUCCGUUUCCCCCAGGCUCACACAGAGCAGGGGGGGUUCUGGGGCGCAAGGGGGUGAAAGCCGUGGCAGCAUCGGGGCACACGCUAGCAGUGACAGUAGACGGAGCACUCUACUCAUUCGGCCGAAACUGGGACAGUAGGCGGCGGAAAGCGGGGCAGCUGGGGCGGAAGGGGCCGUUUGGGAGGCCUGGGAGGGUGGCGGGAGUGGCGGGGAGAGUGAGGGCGGUCGCUGCUGGGAAGUUUCAUUCGGUGGCAGUGACUGAAGAGGGGGUGGUGUACACGUGGGGGUGUAAUGGGAGGGGCCAGCUGGGGAGACAGACGAGGAGCAUGGGCGACAGGCACAAGGCGGCGCCAGUGAGGGGGCCACUGGAAAACGUGGUGGUGGUGGCGGCAGCAGCAGGGCCGCACUACUCCCUCGCCCUCUUGCCCUCUCUUCCAGUGGGCGACAGGCAUGAGGCGGCACCAGUGAGGGGGGCACUAGAAAACGUGGUGGUGGUGGCGGCAGCAGCAGGGCCGCACUACUCCCUCGCGCUCUCUGCCGGGGGGCAAGUCUUCACCUGGGGCCUCAACCUCUUCUCGCUCCCUGCUCCCUGGACCCACCACCAUGACCUCUGCCAUACUCCUACUGCUGCUUCUUCUUCUGCUGCUGCUGCUGCUGCUGCUGCUGUUGUUGCCGCUGGCAGCGCCGGCAGCAGCACCAGCACCAGCGGUGGAUUAGAGAAGGAACUAGCAGCAGCACUGGCACUGGCAGCAGAACCAAGGAGGGUGGGAGGGGCGUUGGAGGGGGAGAGUGUGGUGGAGAUAGCAGCAGGGGAGGAGCAUUGGCUGGCGCUCACAGAUAAAGGCCACGUGUACGCAUGCAGCACCGGUUUCAAUGCAAGUGGCAUUCGAGUCAAUCCGGCCAUCCACGCGCCUCUUCUAGCCCACUCCUCCCACUCCCGCUUUGCCCUCCCCCACCGCAUCACCUCCGGUCCCUUGUCUUCCGAGCGUGCAUCAACCAUCGGAGCAGCAGCAGGCGCAUCUUUUGCUGUCAUGGCAUCCUCGCAGCAGCUUCUGUCGUGGGGCUAUGGUGGGGGGAAACGAGGACUAGCAGCAGCAGCAGCAGCAGCAGGAGGAGGAGCGGCAGCAGCAGCAGGAUCUGUGUUACUGGGGCGAACAGGGGGAGCAGCGGAAGAGCCGAGUGAGGUGAUGGGAGAGGAGGAGGAGGGGGACGGGGGGUUGCGGUUGGGUGGGGUGGUGCAGGUGGUGGGGGGUGCGUCGUUUGUGCUCGCCCGGACCAGCACUGGACAGGUCUUUUCGUGGGGUCACAACAACUACCAUCAGCUUGGCCGCCCAACGUCAAACUCCGCCGACCCGCUUCCCGGCCUCGUGGGCGGCCUGGCUUGUCUGCACGUGGACACUGUAGCAGCAGGGUCGCACCACGGGCUUGUUUUCGGGCGGGCGGAGCGCGGCAAGGAGUUGGAAGUGGUUGAGAUGGAACAAGUGGUUAAGGAAGAGUGGGAGCGGGUACAUAGUGGGGAAGACAAGACAGGAGGAGGAGGCGGAGCAGGAAGAGCAGGGGGAGAAGGUGCAGCAGGGGCAGGUUGGGGGGAGAGAGGAGGAGGAGGAGGAGGAGCAGGAGAAGGAGGAAAAGGGGCGGUGUUUCCAGUGAUAUACAACGAGCACCACAGGGGCGAGAUCAUGCAGGUGGCAGGGGAGUGGUUCGCCCAGCUGCCGCAGUCAGGGUUCGACCCGGCCUUUCGCAACCCCUGCUGGAAGGACGGGUCCGGGUUUCACUGCCUGCCCUAUUUCCUCGUUAUCGGGGCUAUGAGGAGUGGCGCUCGGGACUUUUUCCAUCGCUUGACCAUGGUGCACCCGACUGCUGUGCUGCUUGCAAGCCCCUCCCUUACACACCUCUCGCCCCUCUUCCCCCAUCCCCUCUUUCCAUGCAACCAGGAGAGUGGCGCUCGGGACUUCUUUCAUCGCUUGACCAUGGUGCAUCCGACUGCUGUGCUGCCUGCUUCUAUGACCAAUCUUGAAUGGUGGGAUAUGAGGGAGUAUGACCCCUUAGACUGGUGGGACAUGAGGGAGUACGACCCCCUAGACUGGUGGGACAUGAGGGAGUAUGAUCCCUUCGAUUGGUACACUGAGAAAUUCAGCCAAGCAGCAGCGCACAUAGCCACGCAUCCAGCCGCCAUCGCAGGGGAGGUGACCCCCUCGCUGCUCACCCACUCGGGCAUCUUGGCUCGAGGGCCACAUGCGCGCAGCUUCCUGCUGCCAGAGCUGGUCUUCUCACUGCUCCCCCAUGCGCGCUUCAUCGUGCUCCUCCGCAACCCCAUCCACCGCUUCCUGCUGCCAGAGCUGGUCUUCUCACUGCUCCCCCAUGCCUGCUUCAUCGUGCUCCUCCGCAACCCCAUCCACCGGUGGUUCUCUUCCUUCCUGUCGGCGAAGCAACAUGAUGACUCUCACAUCGCUUUCAACAGCAACGACAACAGCAGCAGUGCAGCUGACGCUUUUGCGAGACACGUAGAUGUGGUGUUACCCGCAAUUAAAGGGUGUAUGGUGGACCAUUCCCCUGUCUACUGCUCCCGCCUGCUCUUCCACUCCUUUCCGCAUGUGUGCCGCAGCAUGUAUGCCUAUUUCCUAUCGGUAAGUUGA